AUGUCGGCCUCAAGUAGAGGUUGGCAUGCGCUCCGCGCCCUUUCCAGAUCUUCACCCCGAGUAUGCGCCCAAUGUGCCAGGGGGAGCAUACAAACGAUUCAGCGGCGUGCCUACUCGGCGUCUGCGGCCCCGACAAUCUCAGCCGUGGACCCUUCCGCUAGCUCGGAGCCACCCGUCGUCCCAGUGAAGCAGUCGCCCCAGCACCCGAAAUCCGACUACCGUAUCCGCUCCGGCCUGAUCCUCACCAGAGCACCUCUUCUGACUCGGGAUCCGACGCCCUUCGAGUCGGCCUUUUACCUGUAUCAGAAGCGGCUGAACGAGCGCCUCAUCUCGCCCUUCAUCUCCUCUAUGUGGUUCAAGCAAGACACGCCGCCGCAGCUGGACUGGAACCUCAAGCUCGAUGAGCGCAAGGGCAUCUGGGCCAAGGACGUCGGCCACUACAAGCCCCGGGGCUCGACGCGGUGGGCUGACGAGGUCCAGCAGGGCUCGCGCCUUGCCGACCCGGAAACGAUCAGGGAGCGCCUCCUCGAGGACGCCCAAAUGCGGUUCAGUGAUGACGGUGAGCUGCUGCCCGAGCAGGACAGGCUGCCGAUCGAAAAGCCCCAGCCGAGGCGGUCGGAGGCGGACGAGAAGAACGACGUGAGGAGGCUUGACCGAGCGAUGGAUCGCACGCUCUACUUGGUGGUGAAGAAGGAUGACAGAUGGGCUUUCCCUGCGAGCGAGGUUCGCACGGAGGAGAACUUGCAUGAGGCCGCUGCACGUGUGCUCGAGCAAGCCGCCGGUGUCAACAUGAACACCUGGAUGGUGGGACGUGUGCCGGUUGCGCAUCACGUGGUCAAGCCCAAGUACAAGGAAGACUCUACUCUGGAGACCAAGGGCUCAAAGACAUUCCUGCUCAAGGGCAGGAUCUUUGCGGGACAGGCCAACAUCAAAAACAACGUUUUGGGAGUCACCGACUUCAUGUGGCUGACGCAUGAUGAGCUGAAGCAGCAUUUCGAGGCCGAUUACUUUGCCAGCAUAAAGAACAUGCUGUCGAUGCGUUAG